AUGCUUGUGCUAGGCGGCGUGGCUGAAGUGGCGGCAAGUAAUGGGGGUACUCCGACUGGCGAAUUCCAAUAUAUCUCAAGUCAAAAGUAUACCGAACCGUGCUACGGCCAGUCGUUACGAACACCGAUGUGCGGCACAGUUUUGGAGUUGCACCUAUCGCGGACAAGAUGCGAGGUGCCAGAUGACGAUGGUAUGGUCACGUUUUACGAAGUGAAGAUAAUAUUGUAG